CCUGCACAAAUGAAUGCAUUAGUCAAUUGGAAAGUAGGCCUAUGUUUGUUUAUAGGCUACUGGUAGAUUAAUGGCGGUCCAGUUUAUAACCCCUGCCUCGUGUCUGGUGUGAAUGUACAAGGAAAGUUGUCGUUGUGAAAUGGACUUUUGGUGCAAAUGAUAAAGUUAUGGCAUGCGGUGUCCUCUUGUUAAUAUAGAGUAGAGUUUAUUCUGUUAACGACAGUAAAACACACCGAGAUCAAACUGACCUUCUUGUGAGUACCAGACCAGUCACUAUGGUAACUGCUCUCCGCUAAACUGCAGUAAGAGCGACGCCCACUUUCACAGACUGGAAGGCGGGGCAGAAGCUCGAGUGAAUCAUCUUUUGAAACAGAGACGAUCUCUGCGCAGGGCGCCGUGUUUACAGCGAACACGACAGACUGCAGACUGGUCGAAGGAGACUGUGUGUGUACCUGCACAUUAAUCUGUCUAACUACGCUACCCGUUCAGCUAUCUAUCGACGGAGGCCAUUAGAUAACCAGAGGACUUGACUUGACCCUGAGCAAUAAGGUCAAAUACUCCAUUUCCCGCCGAUAUGAAGGUGAAUUACUCCUACCAAAACAACGCGGUGUGUGUGUGUGCAUGAUGAGCGUCUGAGGAGGAGGAGGAGGAGGAGGAGAAGAAGAAGAAGAAGGAGGCUGCGGUCUGAAACUAGAUGUUCUCCUGGAUAUAUCGAAACAAACGUCGUGUCGUUCACUCAAGGAGGAUGCGCAUUGAUUUAACAUGUUACUGUAUGUCCUAGACAGGCUCUUUCCAUCCUAAUUUUAAAGGGGGGGGGGUUGACCCGUUUUCUGCCUCCCGAGAAUCCUCCAGCCGCGGGACGUUGAAUGUUUUUCCUCCAGGUAUGGAGUGUGAAGAUGCGGAUUACAGAGGAACCCCCGCCGCUAGUUUAACAACCCUAACAUUGGUUUCAUUACACACAUCAGUGCAGGGUUAUUUUUUGCAGGAAUAAAACAGAACUAUGAAUACAUUUAUAGCUAGAGGAAUACAUUGGUGAUUUUGGAGCACGAUUGGGCUUCCAUUAGGAAACGUGAGAAAGCUACCCUGCUAGCCUGUUUGGAGUAGCUAUUAGCUUCAUUAGCUGGCUAACUGCUAAAAGGUGCUGACUGGAGAUUUAAAAGUCUUUUAAUAAUUCUGAGCAGGGUUUGCCCAAGUUUCCUUCCCUCUACAUAUUUAUUUACAGGAUUUGUGAGGAUUUACACAUCCAGGAAUGAGGUCUCGAACGGAAUGGAGCCGCUUGACCUUGUUUUGGGGUCUGAUGCUGGGUCUAUCGUCCUGCCUCCGGCCCGCCGCCGCAGAGAUCUGUGGUCCCAGCAUCGACAUUGGGAACGACAUUACUGAAUUCAGGCGUCUAGAGAACUGCACAGUGGUGGAGGGCUACUUGCAGAUCCUCCUAAUUGGUGACAAAAACAACAACAACAUCAACCAGGAAGUGUUCCGCUCCCUCAGCUUCCCCAAGCUGACGGUGAUCACAGACUACCUGCUGCUGUUCCGAGUGUCCGGCCUGGACAGUCUGAGCACGCUCUUUCCCAACCUCACCGUCAUACGCGGGCGCAACCUCUUCUACAACUACGCCCUCGUGAUCUUCGAGAUGACCAGCCUCAAGGACAUUGGCCUGUACAACCUGAGGAACAUCACCCGCGGUGCCAUCCGCAUUGAGAAGAACCCCGAGCUCUGCUACCUGGACUCCGUAGACUGGUCCCUCAUCCUGGAUGCAGAGUUCAACAAUUACAUCGCUGGCAACAAGCAGUCCAAGGAGUGCAGCGACGUUUGUCCAGGCAUCAUGGAGAACAACCCUCAGUGCAGAAAGACCAUGUUUAACGACAAUUACAACUACCGCUGCUGGAACUCCAAUCACUGCCAGAAAGAGUGCCCAGAGAAGUGUGUACGGCGAGCGUGCACUGCGGCCGGCGAGUGCUGCCACCCUCAGUGUCUGGGCAGCUGCACACUCCCUGGUAGUGACACAGCAUGUGCAGCAUGUGUGCAUUACUACCACCAAGGACGCUGUGUGGCCGACUGCCCUCCAGGCACCUACAAGUUUGAGGGCUGGAGAUGCAUCAGUGCCGAGCUUUGCUCCAAAGUCCACCUCCCCGACUUCAACAGCUUCGUCAUCCACGGCGGAGAGUGCAUGUCUGAAUGCCCUCAUGGGUACAUGCAGACCACACCCAACAGUAUGUUCUGUACAGCCUGUGAUGGUCUGUGUGAUAAAGUAUGUGAGGAGAAGGUCAUCGACUCCAUGGAUGCCGCUCAGUCUCUCAAAGGCUGCACUGUUAUCAAAGGCAACCUGCAUAUCAACAUCCGCAGAGGCCACAACAUGGUGGCAGAGCUGGAAAGUUUCACCGGUUUGAUCCAGAGGGUGACCGGUAAUGUGCGGAUCAGACAUUCCCACACUCUGACCUCCCUGGCCUUUCUCCGCAGCCUCAGAUACAUCGACGGAGAAGAGCUUCUGGAUGACGUGUACGCCUUCUUGGCAGUUGACAACCAGCAGCUCCAGUAUCUUUGGGACUGGAAACAGCAUAACCUCACCAUCAAGGCAGGAAAGCUGUUCUUCAGAGCCAACCCAAAGCUCUGCAUGUCCGAGAUCCGCAAAAUGUGGGAGAAGACGGCCAUCCAGGGCCGUUUUGAUGAGAGCGAUUUCCGAAACAACGGCGACAGAGCCAGCUGUGAAAGUACAAUCCUGACAUUUAAGUCCAACAGCACCAGCAGUACAAGGAUCAAACUGACCUGGCAGCGCUACCGUCCCCCUGACUACAGAGACCUCAUCAGCUUUAUUGUGUACUACAAGGAGGCGCCGUACCAGAACAUCACAGUGUACGAUGGGCAGGAUGGCUGUGGCUCCAACAGCUGGACUAUGGUGGAUGUGGAGCUGAGGCCGGACAAGGACUCAGACCCCGGGGUUCUGCUGUCCAGCCUCAAGCCCUGGACACAGUACGCUGUCUUCGUGAAGGCCAUCACACUCAUGGUGGAAGACAAACAUUUGCCGAGUGCCAAGAGCCAGGUGGUCUACAUCCGCACAAGCCCUUCAGCGCCCUCCAUGCCUCAGGAUGUGCGAGCGUACUCUAACUCAUCUACACAGUUGGUGGUGCGUUGGUCGCCCCCUAUCUCACCGAAUGGAAACCAAACUUACUACCUGGUCCGAUGGCAGCAACAAGCCGAAGACCGAGAGCUGUAUCAGCACAAUUACUGCUCUAAAGAGCUGAAGAUCCCCAUAAGGAUCGCUGCCAUAGGUGUGGGAGACCAGGAAGAGGACACCAAGCCCACUAAGCCAGAUGCCGAUGGGCCAGACAAAGGCCCCUGUUGCCCCUGCCCCAAAUCAGUCGAGGACCUGGAGGCCGAAGCUGCUGACGCCUCCUACAGAAAAGUCUUUGAAAACUUCCUGCACAACUCCAUUUUUACACCAAGGCCACCAGACCGUCGCCGUAGAGAUCUCUUUGGCAUAGCCAACUCAACCCACCCCCGCCACAACCGGCUGCACACCAACAGCAGCACCGUCCCUCCUGUCCAAGCCACUGGUAACAGCAGCACCGUGGACUUGGAGCCAGCCGACAGAGAGUACGAGUUUGUGGAGCAAGCAGUGACGGAGCGUGAGCUGCAGAUCUCUGGCCUGCAGCCGUUCACAGUUUACCGCAUCGACAUUCACGCCUGCAAUCGACAGGUCCAGCGCUGCAGCGCCGCAGAGUUUGUCUUUUCCAGAACCAAGCCUGCAGAAAAGGCUGACGACAUACCCGGCCAUGUGACCUGGGAGGGCCACGAGGACUGGGUGUUUCUGCGCUGGCCAGAGCCUCUCCACCCUAACGGACUCAUCCUCAUGUACGAGAUCAAGUUUAAACUGGCUGCUGAGAACGAGAAGCACGAAUGUGUCUCUGGCCAGAUGUAUCAGGCCCAGCGUGGCGUUCGGCUGUCCAACCUCAGUCCAGGAAACUACUCAGUCAGAGUGAGAGCCACGUCACUGGCUGGCAACGGCUCCUGGACACCCCCUCUGGACCUUUAUGUGGCUGAACGAUAUGAAAACGUCUUCUACGCUAUGAUCUUUGUUCCUAUUGCCAUCAUCCUCGUCAUCUGCCUUUUCGUCUCAAUGCUGGUGGUCCUCAGCAGGAAAAGGAACAGUGAUCGGCUUGGAAAUGGAGUCCUGUACGCCUCAGUCAACCCAGAGUACUUCAGCGCUGCAGAAAUGUAUGUACCAGAUGAAUGGGAGGUGGCACGGGAGAAGAUCGCCCUGAGUCGUGAGCUCGGCCAGGGGUCCUUUGGCAUGGUGUACGAGGGCUUGGCAAAGGGCGUGGUCAAAGAUGAACCAGAGACACAUGUCGCCAUUAAGACUGUCAACGAGUCGGCCAGCAUGAGGGAGAGAAUAGAGUUUCUCAAUGAAGCCUCUGUCAUGAAGGAGUUCAACUGUCACCACGUGGUUCGUCUCCUGGGAGUGGUUUCUCAGGGCCAACCCACCCUGGUCAUCAUGGAGCUGAUGACGCGAGGGGACCUGAAGACUUACUUGCGCUCCCUGCGACCUAAAGAGCAACAGUGGUCGAGCCUGUCUCUCCCUCCUCUGAAGAAGAUGCUUCAGAUGGCCGGGCAGAUCGCUGAUGGCAUGGCUUACCUCAACGCCAACAAGUUUGUCCACAGAGAUCUGGCAGCCAGGAACUGCAUGGUGGCCGAGGACUUCACUGUUAAGAUAGGAGACUUUGGCAUGACCAGAGACAUCUAUGAGACAGACUACUACCGUAAAGGUGGUAAGGGUUUGCUCCCAGUCCGCUGGAUGUCACCUGAGUCACUUAAGGACGGAGUCUUCACCACCACCUCUGAUGUCUGGUCUUUCGGGGUUGUACUGUGGGAAAUUGCCACCCUGGCAGAACAGCCCUACCAAGGUCUGUCCAAUGAGCAGGUGCUCCGCUUCGUCAUGGAGGGAGGGCUGCUGGAGAAACCACAGAACUGUCCUGACAUGCUGUUUGAGCUGAUGCGAAUGUGUUGGCAGUACAAUCCUAAGAUGCGUCCUUCUUUUCUGGAGAUCAUCAGCAGCCUAAAGGACGAGCUGGACCCAUCUUUCAGAGAGUCUAGUUUCUUCUACAGCACCGAUAACAAGCCGCCCGAAGCUCCGCAGCUCCAUCUGGACACUAUGGAUGAGAUUCCUCUGGAGCCCCCUUCUUCCACACAGUCACAGCAAUCCCCCGUCCCACAACAGACCCCACCCUCCCCUAGCUCAGAGGCUCCGCCCGCCCCCUCGUUAGACCCCAGCUCCCCCUCCUCUCCCUGUACCUCGACCGCUGCCAUGGACAAGCAGCCCUCCGGCCAGCAGGCAGCCAACGGGCUGUCGGGGGCGGGGCUUGCAGCAGGGGCGGUGCGGCCGUCUCUGGACGAACUGCCGCCGUACGCACACAUGAAUGGAGGGCGCAAAAACGAACGUGCCAUGCCCCUCCCACAGUCUUCUGCCUGCUGAUUGGACAGAGACACCCCACCAGACUGCAAACCCCACCACCUUUUUCUCUGCAGAACUUGAUGUCUCAGUGGGUGGGAUCUCUUUUUGUUUUAUUUCAUUUUUUUUAUCACAUACAGCAAAACCAUGUCCACCAGCUAGGUAUGGCUACUCCGUGUGGAGCAAAGACUCGCAGGGAGGUGGGGACAACUGUCACUGGGUCCAUGUUCUGCUGUACCUCCACACACCUUUUUCAUAUUGUUGUAGUUUUGGUUUCUACCAGCUGAUUGUCACAUGUGACACUGCCCUGGCUGCUGAGUGGGAGGACCAAAAGAAAAGAAAAAAACAGUAAAAAAAAAAAAAAAAGAAAGUAUUUGGUGGAGAUCUCUCCCUCUCUCUUUAUGGCUGAACUUAUUUUACAAAUUGUUGUUUGUUACUUUUGUAUAUGAAUUUUCAAAUGGGGGGAAAACAAAAUGUGUAGGCCUUUAUAAAUGACCACCGUUGUGGUUGCUUUUGAGCGGGCAUUAUGGUGAAACUGUUGAGCAUAUCUAAUGAAGAAGCACUUCAGAGAGGUCAUCAGUAGUCCUGUUGCUCUGCAGGCUGGGGGGCAGCAUAACCAGAGGGAGAAAGGUCAAAUCUGCCAAAUGUGUUGCCAAAAUUGUACUUUUUGUCAAAUUAUCUUUACUGCAGUAUUGGCCUGUAAUGCUCCAACACACCGGAUUGAAAAAUGAAAGCACUUUGUAUUGCUACCACAUCAUUCUUAAAAUCUGUGAUCAAAAUGGAAAUGAACGUCCCUCUCCAGUCCUGCACUACUCCUCUACAGCUACUCUAUCAAAAUGACGUGGUGGACCUGAAAUUGAGCCACAUCCUCUUCUCACACAAGUGCCGUUCUGUUACGGUUUAAACGCCAAAUCCAAUCAAUAUAGAAGCAAAAAAAAAAAAUACCUUGAAGCAAGGACUGCAGAGGGAAGUGCAUAAAGAGGAAAUCAAAUAUGAACACUAGAUGUAGAACAUCUCUUGAUCGGGGUUUGCCCCGAGUUCAGAGGCAUUCUUUUUGUUGUAUACAAACAGGUAUUUUUUUAGACUAGUCAUUAGUCUCCAACAUUUACAACAUCUAUACGUGGGCAGAGCUUUUAUGUACGCACCAGUUGUUUGUGUCACUUUUCUAACUUUUAUACGGUUGGAGACAUUCAUCAUGUACAGAAAGAAGCUGCUAUUCCUGAUUUCUCUUGUGGUUGUAAUAUAGUUGAUAUCUAUAUAUAAAAAGAGAAAAAA